AUUUUUGUUCCAGCUCUAUGAGGGAAGCAAAACAUUAUUUUCGUUAUUUUUAUUUUUUGAUUAAAAAGUCGGUGGUCGAGGAACAUGUGAAUGUGGAAAAGCGACAGAGCUUUUCGAGCAGAUUGUAAGUGCACAGGUAGAACCGAACGGCGGAAAACCAUUUGGCGAAAGUGAAAAGAGUGUGAAAAGGCAGCGAAAAGAGAAUAGAGAAAAAAUAUAGCAGCCAGUUUCGAGGGCGUGUGUGUGUGUGUGUGCGUGACAUAUUGUUUAAAGCGGAAAAAACAACAAACGUAGAAAGAAAAAGAAGAACAACAAUGCAGCAGCAACAACAAUAUCAGCAGCAGCAAGGCAGCCUUGUUGGCUACAACAACAAAAUGAACGUCUUGCCCAAUUACACGCUCAGCGGAAUGAGCUCCUUUGAUGCCGAAUCGCUGCCAGAUUACUCAGAAUUUGAUUCCGAAUCGGUAACUCUGGACUAUUACAAGGAAAGUGUUCUACGUCCACCAGCGGAGAAAAUGGCGCCGACAACCACGAUUGAGACCAUCACAAUCACGAGGCCGCUGAAGGUGAUUGCAUUUAUCUGCGGCGUCAUCGUGGUGGUUUUGAUGAUCAUGGCCCUAGCAUCCACAGACUGGCUGAUGGCCUCCGACUGGCGGCAGGGUCUCUUUGUGCACUGCAUCGAGGACGAUUCGGUGGCGCCGCUGCCUUUCAACAUCCAGGAUCCACCAGGUUGCUACUGGACCCGCGAUGUGGGCUACAUCAAGGCCACAGCCGCUCUUUGCAUCAUCACGCUAAUAACGGACGUUAUUGCCACAGUACUGACUGGUCUGGGCCUGAAGACGCAGAACCAUAAUCUUAAAUAUAAGUUCUAUCGUAUAGCGGUAUUGGUGAUGCUCGUAUCCUUGCUGGCCGUGUUGUCCGCUUUGAUCGUGUAUCCAGUUUGCUUUGCCGGCGAACUAACCAUGGCCAAUCGGCGAGUCUGGGAAUUCGGCUGGGCCUAUGGCGUCGGCUGGGGCGCGGCCAUCUUCCUUUUCGGAGCCGUCGUUCUGCUGCUCUGCGACAAGGAGUCGGAGGAGAUCUACUAUAAGGAGAGGAAAAUCGUACAUGAAAACCAAAUGCGCGCCUAGGCAAGGCCGCACGACCUGCCUGACGUCGUUCUGUAGACUAAGUAUAUAGCAACCAACCAACAACAACAAACAACACACACAGACACAUAGAUUUCGAUUUAAAUCAGACUCAAGAACAGAAGCAAUUUGCAGCUAAACGAAUGUGUUAUAAUUAUAAUUGUGUAUAUCAUGUCCAUUUCAAACCAAAAAUCCGUAGCCAUCAGCCACCCCACCAACCAUCUCAUAGUACUCGGCAUUUGUUUAGAUGAGGUUUCCCCAAUGAGUUUAUAUUUUGUGUUCGUUUCGAAAGGUAAUCGUAGACAAGCCACAAACACACGACCCACAUCUAUCAUGUAGUCAGUCACAUGUAUGUACGUCUAGGAAUUCUGAAAGCUAAUCGCAUUAACCAAACCCCCCGUAUAUACAAUUGCAUGCCCAAUGAGUUCCACAACAUUUGUAGUCGACUUCUAGAGCUUGCUUUUCGGUAGAAAACUGUCAGCAGGUGGCAGUUGAAAUUAGACCUCCUACAAUAUUGUACUCAUACUCAGCUACAUAUACAUAGCAAUGUACUCCCCAUGUAUCUCAAACCUAAUCGUGAGCAGAAUCCAAAUUAGAAUUUUUAUAUGUACGUAAUCGAGAGACUAGGUAACCACGACAUUAUUAAUCCACAAUGUCAUCGUCAUUGUCAACGUUUCACGCCGAUUACGCUUUCAAAAACUAUUUUGUUUGUGCUCUACAGAUCCGUUUCGAAUAUUAAAAAUUAUGUGUUUGUCCCAGUGUAUUGUGCGACUAACACCAAUUGUACUCGAAUAUUGUGUUGCUCUUUUACCUUUUGUAAAAUAGUUUAACCUAGCUGUCCAGUACCCAACUCGUACUUGAAUGUCCGUUCAGUUAUUGUUUAAGCCGUCUUUUAAGUGUAUUCAAUCUUUUGUAACCACCUAUUCUUUAAUAAUUUAUUUAUAUUUGUGUUCUUACCACACCCGAAACAUAUCACAUACAAAUGACAACAAUAAAACGUUUUUGACACCUUUUGUUAACA